AUGGCUUCUCCCUCUCUCUUCUCGAUUGAGGGCAAGGGGCAGAGAUUCGACACCGCCGCUGACCUGGAACCAUUUAUCAAACCCCUCGUUGAAAGCAAUGAUGUUAUUACGGAAAUCCGCCUGGGUGGAAAUACAUUUGGUGUCCCCGCAUCCGAACGUCUAGCCAGCGUGCUCCGAACCCAGAAGAAGCUUCACACAGCAAACCUAGCCGAUAUCUUUACCUCUCGACUUCUAGACGAGAUACCGCAGGCCCUCUCCUCCCUUCUAAAAGCGCUGCAUGAAGUUGACACUCUCGAAACUAUCGAUUUAAGUGACAAUGCUUUCGGAUUGAAUACCCAGGCUCCGCUGGUCGAAUUUUUAAAGGCACACGUCCCACUACGUCAUUUGAUUUUGAACAAUAACGGCUUGGGUCCAAAGGCGGGAAACCUUAUUGCUGAUGCGUUGAGGGAGUUGCAUACGAAAAAGGAGGAGGCUCGGUCGUCGAAUCCCAAGGUGCAGGUGCCAUACCUGGAAACGAUAGUAUGUGGCCGUAAUAGACUUGAGAGCGGAAGCAUGGCCACAUGGGCGAAAAUGGUGAAGGAUCACGGAAAGGGCCUUCGCAGCAUACGGAUGACGCAGAAUGGUAUUCGCCAAGAUGGAAUAGUUCUACUUCUUGAUAUGGGUCUCCAACACGCCCCUGAGCUUGAAGUAUUGGAUUUACAAGAUAACACCUUCACCAUGACCGGUUCCCGAGUCCUGGCCCGCGUAAUUACCGGAUGGCCUAAUAUCCGCGAAGUUAGUUUAAGCGACUGCUAUCUUAAAGGAAAAGGCGCAACUCUUGUCGCGAAGAGCCUGGCAAAGGGAGAAAACAAGAAGAUCGAAACCCUUCGUUUGGCCUAUAAUGAUAUCACCGCUGAGGGUUUGAAGGAAUUUGUUCAGUCUGCGAAGACAUCUCUCCCAGCUUUGAAACGUGUUGAGUUGAAUGGAAAUAAAUUAAACAAGGAAGAUCUGCACCUCGGUGAACUUCGUGACCUGCUUGAGGAGCGCAAGAAGAAACUAGGUAAAGAUGAGGACGAUGAAUCUGCCUGGGGCUUGGAUGAGCUUGAUGAACUGGAGAGUGAGGAUGAAGACGAAGAAGAGGAAGAUGAAGAAGAAGAGGCAGAGGAGCCAGAGAGCGACGAGGAGGUAGCAGAGAAGGCCGAACGAGUUGUCAAGGAUGCCGAACGUGCUGAGAACGAGAAGGUCGCCCAGGAUACAGAUAAGAAGGUUGAUGAGCUUGCUUCAAAACUUGCCGCUACGGGGAUAUAG